AUGGACAGAGAGACGCACUCACCCAGAACCGGAGAACGACUUACACUCUAUCAGCGCCAUAUCAGCGAUUCAGCCAGAUCUACCAUUGAUCCUCGCAAACACCAAAAGCAACCAACCGCAAACCCAUCAUCCAACGUCAUGGCUCGCGACCCAAUUACAUGCCACGUCCUCAACACCCUGACUGGAACGCCAGCAGUAAAUUUACCCUGCACAUUGACCCUCUUAUCCUCCGACAAUACGACUAAGAAUGCCGUCACCGAACACUCCUUCACAGCCAUCACAGACUCCGACGGAAGAAUAAAGACCUGGAACCCACUCCCAUCUUCUUCAGGUUCUGAAUCAGUCCCUUCUAUUUUGCAAUCCCUACCUGCACCCGACUCCAAGACGAACUGGUCUAUCCGCUUUGAUGUUGGACCCUGGUUUGAGGCGCAGGGAGUAGAGAGUUUUUGGCCGGAGGUGGAGGUCAAGUUUACAGUUCGGGGACGUGGUGUCGAAGGGGAAGAGGGCUGGAGACAUUAUCAUGUUCCUGUUUUGUUGGGACCAUGGAACUAUUCGACAUACAGGGGCUCGUGA